GACCAUGACAUCAGCUGAGUCCAUGCAGGCACCUGUAUGUCUGAUAGAAAACGACAAUGGAGAGCUGAUAGUAAACCAGGAAGCCCUGGAGAUUCUUACUUCCAUCACCAAGCCUGUGGUGGUGGUAGCUAUUGCUGGCCUGUGUCGCACUGGAAAAUCCUACCUGAUGAACAGACUAGCGGGAAAGAACAAUGGCUUCUCCCUUGGCUCAACCGUGCAGUCUCACACAAAGGGCAUCUGGAUGUGGUGUGUUCCUCACCCCAGGAGAUCUGACCAUAUCUUAGUUCUGCUUGAUACUGAGGGCCUUGGAGAUGUGGAAAAG